AUAGUACGGACCUGGAUCACGCCGAAAUCGAAUCGAUAGCUCGAACGGAAGACAAAUCGGCGAAAUCAAACGAACGGGUCAAAUUGAGUCAAAAUACGAAAUCGACCAAUCAAUCCGGCGUGGAGGUUAAUCUGCCGGCGAUAUCAACUCGGGGCAGCGGCCGGAUGCGGCAACGGUGACGGACGCCGGCGACAGUGGCGAAGCGGCAACUCGACAACGAUGAGCAGCGACUGGCGGCGCUGCAAUCGACGGCGGCGGACGACCGACAAAGGCGAAACAGCGGCAUUGCACUCGACGGCGAGGAUGGCCGCUGUGCAAAGGGCGACAGCGGCGCUCGAUUCCGGCGAAGGCGAAGCAGCAGCUGGAAGCUCGGCGACGGCCGCUGGAGGCUCGGCGACGCUGAGCGGCGGCUACUGGCGAAGGAAGCAGCGGCGGCGCUGGAGGCUUGGCGACGCUGGGCAGCGACUGGCUUCCGGCGACGGUAAGGUCGCAAUUGGCUGGUGCGGCGAGGCUGGGGAAGGCGACGGCGGCUCCAAUUGGACGGCGACGAGGGGCGGCGGAG